GUGCCGGGCCUAGUGAACGCCGCCCUGGGCCGUGAGGUGCUGGCGUCCAGCACGUGUGGCCGGCCGGCCACGCGGGCCUGCGACGCCUCGGACCCGCGGAGGGCGCAUCCGGCUGCGCUUCUGACCACGGCGGCGGGCACGGCGGGCCCCCUGUGCUGGCGCUCCGACUCGCUGCUGCGGGCGCCCCUGAACGUGACCCUCACGGUGCCCCUGGGCAAGGCUUUCGAGCUGGUCUUCGUAAGCCUGCGUUUCUGCUCGCAGCCCCCCGCCUCGGUGGCCCUGCUCAAGUCACAGGACCAUGGCCGCAGCUGGGCCCCGCUGGGCUUCUUCUCCUCGCACUGUGGCCUGGACUACGGCAGACUGCCAGUCCCCGCCAGUGGUCCGGCCGGACCAGGACCUGAGGCCUUGUGCUUCCCGGCACCCCAGGCCCAGCCUGAUGGCGGUGGGCUGCUGGCCUUCAGCGUGCAGGACGGCUGCCCCCCGGGCCUGGAGUUGGACAGCAGCCCCGUGCUCCAGGACUGGGUGACGGCCACAGACAUCCGCGUGGUGCUCACCAGGCCCGCUAUGCUGGGCGCCAGCAGGGACUUGGAGGCCCUGGUCCCUUACACGUACUCGGCCACCGAGCUCCAGGUGGGCGGGCGCUGCAAGUGUAAUGGACAUGCCUCCCAGUGCCUGCUGGACGCCCAGGGCCACCUGGUCUGUGACUGCCGGCACGGCACUGAAGGUCCCGACUGCAGUCGCUGCAAGCCCUUCCACUGUGACAGGCCUUGGCAGCGGGCCACGGCCAGGGACGCCCACGCCUGCCUUGCCUGCUCUUGCAACGGCCAUGCCCGCCGCUGCCGCUUCAACAUGGAGCUGUACCGCCUGUCAGGCCGCCGCAGUGGGGGCGUCUGCCUUAACUGCAGGCACAACACCGCAGGCCGCCACUGCCACUACUGCAGGGAGGGCUUCUACCGUGACCCAGACCGUGUGCUGAGUGACCGCCACGCAUGCAGGGCCUGUGACUGUCACCCUGUUGGGGCUGCUGGCAAAACCUGCAAUCAGACCACAGGCCAGUGUCCCUGCAAAGAUGGUGUCACUGGCCUGACCUGCAACCGCUGCGCCACCGGCUUCCAACAGAGCCGUUCUCCCGUGGCACCGUGUGUUAAGACCCCUGCCCCUGGGCCCACUGAAGAGAGCAGCCCCGUAGAGCCCCAGGACUGCGAUGCCCACUGCAAACCUGCGCGGGGUAGCUACCGCAUCAGCCUGAAGAAGUUCUGCCGGAAAGACUAUGCGGUGCAGGUGGCCGUGGGCGCGCGCGGCGAGGCGCGCGGCGCGUGGACGCGCUUCCCCGUGGCUGUGCUCGCCGUGUUCCGGAGCGGCGAGGAGCGCGCGCGGCGCGGGAGCAGCGCUCUGGACCGGACGUCGCGGACGCGCGGUCACAGGCCCACGCGUGGCUGGCAAGACGGCGACUCCUGCGGGCAGCCGUCACCGCGUCCCGGCGCCCGGCGCUCCCGGACCUGCCCUGAACGGGAGCGCGCAGGCCCCCGCACUUCUUCGUUCGCGCCAGCAGGGACAGCGCGCGAGCUCCCGCCCUCCGCUGGGGACAAGGUGCUCCGCCAGCGCAUGCUCCGCGGCGGCCUCUGCCAGUCGUCGUUGCGCAUGCCCAGAGCCGGCUCGGCAGAGACCCGCGGGCGUUCGGGGGGGCCCGGAACCCGCGCGCCCCCGGCGUCCCCGGCUGGCUCUGCCCGCGGUCCCUGGAGCCGAUGCCGGGCGGGAGCGAUCCCGGAGCGGUCCCCGGCCCAGCCGGUUGUGGACCUCGCCCGUGUCACUCCUUCCUGCGAGCAUUUUUCGCCUCCUCCGGGUAGGAAGCCCUCCUCGGGGUUGGAGCAACACCAGCUGACCUUCUCCUGCCUGCACCGCCAGGCCCCCCACUUGCCCCCUGAAGGCAUAGGGCCAUACCACCACCUGGGUGCCCACUAA